GACCUAUUAGCCAGGACUUUUAUUUUGACAGAAAUAGUUUUGUAUUGUAGCCAAGUGUUGCUGGACUCGUACAUAAAGCGCAGGAGAGUUUUGUGCACAUAGCUGUAAUUGUGUUUGCAGCUUGUGGUGUUUGUUUAUGUCAGGACAAUGCGGGUGCUGGUUUUCCUCUUGCUGUGUGUGUGGCUUGUCAAUGGGGAGCAUCUAGAGCUCGAUCAAGUUGUACUUGUGCCAGAAGGUUGGCUCCAUGCAGGCCGAGUGGCUCCUCAGGAGGAAGUGGAGCUCACUUUUGCUCUAAAGCAGCAGAAUGUGGACAGACUUGAGAAACUGCUGCAGCUUGUAUCAGACCCGGAUUCACAGCAGUAUGGGAAGUUUUUGACUUUGGAGGAAGUGGCGUCCCUGGUCAGGCCUUCUCAUCUGGCUGAGAAAGCCGUGUGGACGUGGCUGCAGGGUCAUGGGAUCCGAAACUGCCGUACAGUGCUAACACGAGACUUCUUGCAGUGUACUAUGACUGCUCAGGUGGCAGAAACGUUGCUUCCUGGAACUGAAUUUCACCGCUACAAGAGAGGUGAUCAGACUGUAAUGAGGUCGUCCUCUCAUUACUCGGUUCAUGAAGAUGUAUCUGAGCAUCUGGACUUUGUGGGUGGUGUGCUACGUUUUCCAUUGAAUGAUAAAGAAAUCAGUAAGGCUUGGGAAGGGCCUAAGCGAUCUGGAAAGGCUUUUCAUUUGGGUGUGACUCCUACAAUACUAAGAAGUCGCUACAACCUGACUGCAGCUGAUAUUGGCCAUGCUGCUAACAACAGCCAAGCAGUGGCACAGUUCUUGGAGCAGUAUUACCACCCAGCAGACCUGGCUGAGUUCAUGAAUUUAUUUGCAAGAGGUUUCAAGCACCUGUCUGAAGUUGAGCGAGUGGUGGGCACGCAGGGAGGAGGAAAAGCAGGCCUGGAAGCCAGUUUAGAUGUGGAAUAUAUCAUGAGCACUGGAGCCAACAUCUCCACGUGGGUCUUCACCAACCCAGGUCGACAUGAGACCCAGGAGCCAUUCCUUCAGUGGAUGCUGCUCCUUAGCAACAUGUCUGCUGUGCCUUGGGUGCACACAAUCAGCUACGGGGAUGACGAGGACAGUCUGUCCACUGCCUAUAUGAACCGCAUCAACAACGAAUUCAUGAAGGCUGGGCUCCGAGGAAUCUCUAUGCUCUUUGCUUCUGGGGACAGUGGGGCUGGCUGUCGUCACUUGACUAAAGAAAAUGUGUUCAGGCCGAGCUUUCCUGCUUCCAGUCCAUAUGUGACCACAGUGGGUGGGACGUCCUUCAAGAAUCCUUUCAAAAUCACCUAUGAGGUCACAGAUUACAUCAGUGGGGGUGGCUUCAGUAAUGUGUUUGCAAUGCCAGACUAUCAGGUUAGUGCAGUGAGCGCAUAUUUGAAAGGCGCACAUCCGCUUCCUCCGGAGUCCUAUUUCAACCGCAGUGGAAGAGCCUAUCCUGACAUGGCAGCACUGUCAGACAAUUACUGGGUCGUUACCAACCUCGUGCCCAUCCCAUGGGUAUCUGGAACCUCGGCCUCAACUCCAGUAGUAGGAGGAAUCCUCUCACUCAUUAAUGACCAGCGCUUCCUGAAAGGCCGUCCUUCUCUUGGCUUCCUCAAUCCCCGACUGUAUAAACUCAAAGGCACUGGUCUUUUUGAUGUAACAGAGGGAUGUCACUUGGGUUGUCUGGAUGACAAGGUAGAAGGGCAAGGUUUCUGCGCUGCUUCCUCAUGGGAUCCCGUGACUGGAUGGGGAACCCCAAACUACCCUGCACUACUCGCUGCUCUGAUAGAGGACUAAAGACUCAGAAAACCAACAGGUUUUGAAAAAUUUCACCUUUACCUUGCAAGACCUUAAAAGAUUAUUUUGUUAUAUACAAAAAUUGAGUGUCACAAUAUGAUUCUAUAAGGCAUAAUGUUCUACAUUUUAUUGUCAUUUGAUUACUGAGCAAAUGCAUUUUAACAAAUCAAGGUGAAAUUUUUUGAUUGUUAAAAUGAAACAACACCCCACACCUUCCCCUCUCGCAGUGGUCCGUUUUUAAGGUAGUGUUGGCAGUAAAAAAGCCCAGGACUGAUGCUUAUAAACUCAGUGAACACUAGUAAUCCACUGUUCCCUACUGUUAUUCAGUCUCUUAAUGUACUGCACUGGAGGUAUGUAUAUAUAUUUGUAUAUGUGGCCUUAAAACCUCUCAGGCCCUUUGACUAAUGUAAUACAAUUUUCAGUAAGAUUGCACUAAACAGUUUAUGCAGUGAAACUGAGAGCUGGGUUCUUGGUAUCAGUAUAAGUACUUGGUAUUGGGGCAAAAACACCUUUGAGUCCACUCUAAUGUUGUUGUUUUUUUUUUUCUGCCCUCAGUUUGUAAAAGAAAAUGGUUGUUUUUACUUGUAGAAAAAUAGCCAUUUUCAAAUAAGCUUUAAGUUGUGCUGCAAAGACAAAAAUCAGUUGUAUAACCGGCACUGAUACACGGGAUCAUUUAUCAUUAAACAAAAUCAGUGGAAAAAAUCAAAAAUAAAAUUAAUCAGUCCAAAUGCAAAUAGAAUGGUGUCAGUAAUCAUAAUGUAUGCUUGUUCGUGUUUGGUAUACAUCACCAUAGAGCACUUUUUUUUUUUUUUUUUUUUUUUUUUAAUAAAAGUUACUGCUGAAAUUCCUUUGUUUGAGGUCAUGAAUGUUGUUUUAGAAAUGAGAAAGGUCUGUUAAUACAGGGAAUAUGAUAUUAGCAUUAAUUGUAAAAAUGGCAUUUUAAAAAUGAGCAAUGUACGAUGAUUGAUGCAAGUCAAAUAAAAUCAUUUUGAAACCA